GUUGCACUCAGACACGUGCGUGCGUGUGUGCCGUGUGCGUUUUCUUCACCAUCGCCUGGCCGGGAACCGUGCCAAUGUUGAGAGGCGGUACGAGGGGACUGCAGGGAGCGCAUCAGAAGCACGCUGACAAUGAAACAUAAACCCACGCGCAUCCCUUUUUCCACUUGCACAUUCGAGUCGUGCCGUGGCCCUGCCGAGCCCUCCGCUAGCAGUGGUGUGAGCAAGCAAUUGCAAGGCCGCACCUUUUCCCUUUAUCUAAUGCCGUAUCUAUAAUCAAUACCCGUGCCAUGCUGACGCGCGCGCUCGCGAGGCCACGUGUCAUCUGUCUCAGGCAGUGCCUGUUCCCAAUAUCGUCUCAGAUGCGUAUCGGGGUGUUUGUAUUCGGCGUUGCAACAUCCCUCGUCACCCAUCGGGCUUCCCAUACGUUAGCGCAGACCUUCACGAUGAGCGGCCGUUACUACACGGCUCUGUGUCUCCUCCAAACCUGCCACGUGCUCUUCCACCUCGUCCAACUCCCCGACGCUCGACCCCCUCCUCUGCCUCCUCCUGCCCUUCAUCGCCACCAGCCGGGACGCGUCGCCGACAUCCUCGUGCCGGAGUCGAACCCGGCGCGCGGGGCUCCGCGGCUCGAGCGGGAGGACCCCCCCGCCUACCGGGCGAUGGUCCGGGCGUGGGAAGAAUGGAGGGCGAUGAUGGAGACAGCGGAGGAAAGAGGGGAAGAGAGGCGGGAGGGGGGGAAGAGUGGCGGGGAUUGGGGGCGAUGCCCCGUGCCGCCCCGCCAGCAGCAGCUGUGCGCGCUGCGACACUUGGCCGGUGACAGCGGCACCGAGCUCCUGGACGCCGAGUCGCCGUUACCGUGGCCGGGAGCUCUGCCCGCCCGCUCGCUCGCUCGCUCGCUGGAGGCGGAGGGCAGGGGGUGGAGGAGGUGUGCCGUGGUGACGAACUCGGCCUCGCUGCUCGCGGCUGAGAUGGGAGCCGAGAUCGAUUCUCACGACGCCGUCCUGCGAUUCAACACGGCUCCCACCACGGGAUACGAGCGACACGUGGGCAGCAAGACGACAGUCCGCCUAAUCAACUCAAUGGUGGUGACGCGCAAAAAGUUUAACUUUCACACGGACCCGCUCUACAAAGACGUCAUUCUGGUUCUGUGGGACACUCCUCCUCCAAACUGCGACGUGUCCUUGUGGUACCGCAACAGGAACGCGCCGUUCUUCGACGCCUACGUGGCUCAUCGGCGCCAGCGUCCUCGCCAGCACUUCUACCUGCUACACCCUCGCUUCGUGCGCGGCGCCUGGGGCCUCGUGCAGGAGAACCUGGGCCGGUGCCACGGCCGCCAGACCCCCACGUCCUCGGGGUUCCUGGGCGUGAUGCUGAUGAUGUCGCUGUGCGAGGAAGUGGACGUCUACGAUUACAUCCCCCCGCAAGGACGAGCGUCGCGCCGCUGUCACUACUUCGAGCCGGGCGAUGACCCGGCGUGCUCCAUGGGGGGCCGCCACCCCAUCACCAGCGAGAAGCUGUUCGCGCUGCGCCUCUCCGCGCACGCGGCCGAGCGAGCCUUCAGCAGCGGUCGCCUCCACCUGCCCGGCCUCAACAAGCUCACCUGUCCACACUGACCGGCCUCACCUGCCCGCACUUCGCUCCGUGGAACUUACCAACCGGUUAUACCUCUGCUAUCCAGACUCGCCAGCCUUACACCUCCUCUCACCUGGUUCCGUCAAAACAACCGACCAAGCCCACCUACCCUUUGGGACCUCGCCUGCCCACACUUAGCUCUGUGACACGAUACACCAACCAUUGGGCGGCAGGGUGAUGGAACAGAGGUAACACUCGUGCCUUACAGUAAGAGGUUCCUGGGUUAGACUCCUGACUCGGGCGCCUUUCUCUGUAUAGUCUGUAUGUUCUCCCCUGUUCUGGAUAAUUUUCCUCCCACGCUCUUUAGUUUCAUCUCAGAGCUAUCGGAAACAUCAUUGGUGUUUGCCAAAAUACACCUCGAUGCUUCUAACUUACCUGCAAAAGUAGACAAUUGGGAUUGCAUAUAGCAUCAUCACCCACUACUGCAAAGAACUUGGCAAGAUCCUCCACAGAAAGAGUCUUGAUAUCAAUGAGGCUCUCCUGGUAAGCAAUCAUAACUAACCUCAUCUGCCCAGAUUCUGCAAUCCAACCAACCAGCCUCAUGGUGGACACUAUUUAUGGUGGACACCACACAUGGUGUACACUGCCCCAUGCGCCCUUAGCUCACAAAGUAAAUGGGCACUUCAACAAAAGCAGAGGUGCUCGGUAUAGCUCUUUAGACUCAGCUCGGUAAGAGCACGGAGAGGUGAGAUCAGCGCAUUAAAGAUCUCCGCUGUGGGAUGUUCCAAACCGGAGAUGCACUUCACAACUCCCGUGAUGUCUCCCAUUGACUCCCAUGCAAUGUAGAACCUCAGAACCGUACGACUGAAAAACGAGUGCCAUGCAACCAGUGGAACGGUCUUCGACGAACGAAAUGCAACGGUGUAAGGAAAACGCCUGGCGUGGGUGACAAUAAAAGAUGCUCCGUGGCCGAUUUGCGCUGUAAAUCUUUAUUUAUUCACGGAUUGUCGAGCACCAAAAGCACCGCGGUGAGGAACCAUGUUGGCCUAUAAGGUCCCACCAUUGAAGGUGAGGUGAGAAUCCGCACGGCAACAGUGAAGCGCACUGCGUUUCCGAACAGUGCGCUUCAAAUCGGCAAAAACAAAAAGCCACAGUCCGCAUCGGCUUCCAUACAAACCGACGUAACCGGAUCCACAAGGCACACAUGCAAAGUGCUACGUGCUGUUCGGCUGAGUUUCAAAGACGCAGAGCACGAUCCAUGUACGAUUUGUGCCUCCCGAGAAACCGUGUAUACAUGGAUUUGUUGUUCCCCCAUUCAACCCUAUGUGGAACAUUUUACGGCUAAUGAUGGGUCUUUGUUCUGGCGUUUCUAGACGGGUGUCGAUCCCUUCAAUCGAGGAGUUACAUUAUCCUAGGCUGCUCUCUAUAAUCCCAUGAACAUUUCGGAAGGAAAAGGGCCAGACACUCCUGAAAAUUACAUUGAAAAUACGACGCGCGAUAAGCAAAUAUGAGGUGCAGUCUCGUCAAAAUCGUGUUUUAUAUCUCCAGAACCUGACAUUCUACAGACUCGAGCCAUAAACCCAUCAAUUCGUCUCGUCGAGCUGUGGAUGUUGUUAAAUACCGCGUUGGUUUACUCGGCAUAUCACUUGCUAAGCUAAGGAGUCUCCAUUGCAUUGCAGGGAGUCCUAAAACCACACUCCGGAGUUCAAAUUCCAACACCAUGGAGCUAGGACUCUCAAAAGAGUCCCAGUUCCCUAUACCCCUAAGUGUGAUUAAAGUUAAGAGUUAGGGUCUAGGGUUGGGCUUCCCGAAAAACCCUGUAUAUAUUUUUGUAUUUUCCCAUUUAUCCCUAU